CCCGACGAGGCAAUGUUUGUUCAAAUACACGCUUUUGCACAUAAAACAAAACAAUUCAUGGUGUUCGAAGCAACUCGACGUGGUUAUGCUAAGACGAGUUAGCGCGGCGACUCGAUGAAGAAAUGUCGUCUCUCAUUGAAUUGGCCGAAAUGAUUCUAAACCCCCCUCUUCAGCGGACCUGGUGCUGCCUUCUCGUGUGAGCUACCCGAACACUGUUCAUUGCUAGGUGCAGUCGGUGCACAGGAUUCAACGAGACCACUGUUACCCGUUAGCUUCCGGGUGUUUCAUAUUUAAUAGUUUUUGCUGGGACGGGACACAGUUCGGGCCCUGCCGGGUCGUGUUACACGAGAUAUCUCUCAUACGCAACGCUAAACCCCCCGAACGGUGUUGGUCGCGGCCUACUGGUCGAGGUUCGCCCUGUUUCGUCACCCCCUGGAACCCCCACUUUCAAUGUGGUCUGUGCGCGCGCCCAGUACUUCUGUCUGAGUCGCUUCAACCUGGCUGGUCCUGCGGGUAGCACAUGCGUGCCUCAAAGAUGAAGCCAUGCAAGUCGAACCUUCUCAAAAGAACUUCAGAAUUACCCCCAAAUCAAUCUGGUUCUGGGCUGGCUGGGUUUUGCUCUGCGGUGACCCUUCACUGUUGGGGGUUGGGUCGGAUGAUCCUUUAUAUUCAUCACGAUUAUUCAGUGGAACAUGUAAAAUCUAAAUAAUUGAACUGUUAUUUCGAAAUUUUCAUCGUUCAACUCUUCCAGCUAGAAACACCGGUCUGUUCACUUGGUCUGGCUUUAGUGAAGAGCAGAGACGGGUGACAAUGUUUUGUGGCCGGGAUACCAUGAUUUGUCUAUGGUUCACAUGUCGUCGGCUGUGAUUUUACAUUUCAAGGAGUCACUCUUCUGCUGAUGUAGCUUAUUUCUAUCGCUACUUUCUUGCUGUUUCUGCUGAGCGAUGUAUGAAGGACUCAUACUGUCUCAUGUCGAGAUUGGUGACAUUAUACCCAGAAUAUAGGACCGAUCUGGCUGCUGCACUCGCAUCCAGAGACAGUGAGCGAAACAAUCACGACAUGCUGAACAUCAUAUUCCAGUACAAGCCCAAGACACACAUACACAGGGAUUCGAACCCCAUUCUUCUGGUUCCACAAUCCUUGUUGCUACCUACUGAGCUCCCAGUAUCUUGGGGAGGAUGAAUUGCUGCCAUGUCUCGGACCCAGACGCGGGAAUAGUUUUGUAUCUCACACUUUUGUGUGUGUCGUAACACUCCCAGUCCUGUCCAACUUAUUUCGGACUAACUUGCUUCCCCAGAAGACCAUUGUUGGGCUGUUCCUUCAGCACCGGUCUGGUGUCUGUUCGUCUUGUUGAGGAAGUGAGCGGUGGGACCCUUCCUGUACAAGUGCAGUAGAUGACAUCAUCACUCCGACUGCCCUUUUCACAAGUCUUGUCAAGUCUUUGUUGCAUUUUUAGCGUGUUGUCAAACUUCAAACUUUGAUUCAUGUCACACAGCAUUGCUGUCAAUCAUCAAAGAAGACUGAUGACACCGCAGUCGCAUUUUCCUUUUUUUCUGACUGUUGAAAAUUGUCUUCCUGCUUUUGUGAUUGGUCCACCUGUCGUGUGACUGCCAUGUGACCGAAUGAUUGAUGCUUGUUGUUGCUUCUUCACUUGCUUCUGUUUCCUUAGCGCUGGAACACAACAAGGAUCGGAACCAGAGGCCUCAUUCAUUCCUCGCAACUUGACACACUGAUCAUUCAGCCAUUCUGCUCUUCUGGUCGCUCGCUCCGUGGUCUGCUUCUCUCAAGACGUUUAGCCUCUGCUGGAUCAGACCCAGCCAUGUCUCAGCGCUCACAGUUGGAUGGCAGUCAGACCGGCCUUUUGGCAGGUCGUGGGCUCCUGGCCGCUGCUGAGACCUUGAACUUUAGCAUGAACGACCAUCAGGGGGCCAUCAUGACGUCCAGGCUGGGAAUGGGUGGCAGCAUGGGGGGGCAAGGUGGCACGCUGGCCAGCCAAAGGGGUGCAGGUAGUCAGCUGGGGAGCACAGUGAAACUAGUUGCCAGUUUGGGCCUGUCGCCCUCAGACCUGGAUGCACUGGCUCAGAUCCCUGAAGAGAACAUCAGCAUGGAGACCCUGCCUCAGAUACUCAUGAACAUCAAGAACCAAAAAGCAGAUGCAGGCGAGUGGCAGGGGCCGGGCUCCAUCUCCUCUGGUGGGACCAGGUUGAGCGCUUCUUCUCUGGGCCAGGCUUCGGCCUCUUCAGACUUUGGGAGGAGCUCCCUGCAGGAGUCCUCCAGCCGCAGCUUGAACUUCAGCCGAGGUCGAGAUAGGGGCUACAGUGAUCUUCCUCGUCAUGAAAACUACAGCAGCCUGGACUUGGCACCGCCUGACACAGGGUUCCUGCAAGGAAGGAGAAUGGGCUCUCCGUCCUACACAAAGGUCCAGGACUUCCUUGGAGUGUUGCCCAACAUGUUCCCACACGUCUGUUCUCUGUGUGACUUUGACGUUUUUUCCAUGAUGGAAUGGAACCAGCACAUACAGGGACAACGACAUGCAGAAAACCGACGCCUGCUGCUCAACAUGUAUCCAGACUGGGACCCGUUUCAGUCGUCCAGCAGGAGACGGGUGGAGUCCUCCAAUAUGUCUCCAGGUCUACUGGGACCCCCUCCCUUGUCGUCUGGAACAACGUCGACCGGAUUGUUGUCCAGCUGGGGUCCCACGGGAAACAGUCGUCCAGGGCAGAAUUUGCGGAGCAGGGUGGUGGUGGUGAAAUAUGAGAGAAAACCUCAGAACUCCCAGAUGCUCCUUUCCUUGGCCAAACGCUUUGGACGCCUGCGAGAACAUCUAAUCUUGAAGAACAAGGCCUUCCUGGAGAUGGACUCUCAUGAAGCCGCCUUGGACAUGGUCAACUACUACCAACAGAAUCAGCCUUCACUCUUGGGGAAGCCGUUGAACAUUUACCUGUCUCAGAGGCUGAUGGUCAUUGAGAAAGAUGGCCGGUCGUCUGACAGGACGGCAGACCGGCAAGCUCUCGGUCAAGGAAGCCAGGUGGUGUUCUUCUCUAAACUGCCCAGAGAAGAAGCAAAGAAGAAGGAGCUGUUGACUAUCGCUGAGCGCUUUGGGACCGUGGAGAAGCACCUCUUCCUCACAGAUCAGGCCUUCAUUCAGCUGGGGUCCCCAGAGGAUGCGGAGAUGCUGGUCAAGUACUACACUGUCAAUCCACUGACCAUCAGGGGGCAGCUGAUCCAUCUCAACAUCUGCACCAAGUACAAAACCUUGAACGUGAACCGCCGACAGACGGCCUCUUCAGAUGACAGUCGGGGUCAAAGGAGUGAUGCAACCUCCAAUGCAUCCAGAGCUACGUCCAAGACCACGAAGGGGGAAGCUAGACCUACAGUCCUGGAGAAGGAAGCCCUGAAGGAAAAGGAUCGCCAGACAUCAAGGGUGGAGCCAUCACAGGGCGCCACAGACCUUCAAGACCAAGAGGUUGCCAUGGAGACUCCCGUCGACUUGGGUCGAGUACUGACGGCCAAGGCGGAGGAGUUGGCUGAGCAGACAGAGGAGGGCAAAGUCCUUCCUAGAGCAGAUCCGGAGAACUCCGAGACCAUGGACGGAGACCUGUCCGGCCCGGAGGAUCUGGACAUUCCAGAGAAUAUUGAGGACUUUGUGACGCUUGAUGAAGUGGCCGUGGAAGACGAUGACGGUCAGGAAGCAGAGAUGAACAACAUAGACAACAGCAGAAGAGGGGGCAUGCGAGUCGUCAGCAUCGUGGGUUUCAGACGUGGUCACAAUUUCCUCAAUGAGAUCCUGGCCCUGGCGAAACCCUUCGGGGAGGUGAAGAGGCACCUGGUUCUGGACCUGAAGCCACAGGCUUACAUCCAGUUUGAGACGGAGCAGGAAGCCCAGGCAAUGGCCAAGUUCUACAGCACCAACGUGACGGCAUCCGUGUGCGGCCGCACGGUCCGGAUCAGCCAUUCGCUGGCGUAUCCCACCAUCCGGUGCGGCUCCAGUAAAGUUGUGUACAUAGGACAGAUUCCCAUCAGCAAGUACUCUGACAGCUCUCUCCUGAAACUGGCCGAGCCGUAUGGAAGAAUCAGGAAGUACUUCCUCAACAGGAACAAGAGAGAGUGCUUCAUAGAGAUGGAGACGUCCGAGGAGGCAGAGAAGAUGGCUGAGGCGUGUAAAGCCGACCCGCCUCGGUUCAACAGCAAACGACUGACCGUCUACGUCAGCAGAAAGUACCGACAACUGAAAUACGGGCAUUUGUUCCAAGGUUCUGAGAAGAAGGAGCAGAGAAACUCGACCACUUCUGAUGACUUGGAGGAGCCGCCUGCCAAGAGGCUGCGGACACAAGAAGAGGACAAGGAGGAGACGCCAGAGGAAGAGAACAAGGGGGAGACACCAGAGGAAAAGAACAGGGGGGAGACACCGGAGGAAAAGAACAGGGGGGAGACACCAGAGGACAAGAACAGGGGGGAGACGCUGGAGGACAAGAACAGGGUGGAGACACUGGAGGAAAAGAACAAGGGAGAGACACCUGAGGAAAAGAACAGGGAGGAGACACAAGAAGAGGAGGACAAGGAUAAGACAAAAGAGUUUGACCUUGGUGAGUUGAAGACAGACGCAAAUUUGGUUGAAGGGAGUCCAGAUGUCUUCACUGAGGACCUGAGCGGCGACCCUAGGGCCAAAGUUCCGGAGAUACCUUUGCUGGAAGUGCCGUGUGUUGAGGAGAAAACAACAACAACAGCAGCAGCAGUGUUGCCGCCCUUUGAUCCCAAUACUCCCGUCGGUGUGGAGCAGGUGAAGUCAGGCUUCUACUGUCAUGUGUGUUCCCUGUUCUUCUCUGACGAAGAAACCGCAAAGUCACUUCACUGCCGCAGCCGGAUGCACUACGACUGCCUGCAGAAAUACCUGGAAAAGGAGACAAGAGGUGACAAGUCUUUGGCCUGAGGGGUGGGGCUUGUGCAUGGCAGGCUGGUGUUUCCAUGGAUACAACUGUACAUCUGUACAAUAAAACCUUCAACAACUUCCUGUGACUUGACAUUGGAAAGUGUGGCAGUG